GUCAUAUUCACCCUGUAGGUUGUAGUCUAAUUGUAUUGAAUGUGCAGUCGCACCUGUUUGUCAACUUGGGGCGCGGAAACCAAAUGGACCUAUUUCUGAAACAUUACGAAAGUCGACGUAUUAGGAGAUAAAAGAAAACAGAGGCAGGGUGAAGUUGCGUUUGUUUUGUUGUACAUAACUAAUAUUUAUAGGGAAUCGUUUUUUUAUUAUUAUUAUUUAAAUGUUAGCUAUAUUUGCAUAGUCGACGAGGAUCAUGUUUAUCUCCCCAGGCGUCCAUUCAACACAGUGGCUACGCGCGUGUCGUCUACAUCGGACAUCUGAUAGCCUUUAGUAGGCUGGAGAUGAACGAUAACAUCUGAAAAGAUAAUGGGUUAUAGCUUAGGUACGAAAGGCGACCCUUACUGUUAUCAUAGGGCAACCGCUUCACAAAGUCUGAGCUGGGGUUUGAAGUAAUGAUUACGACAGGACAAGCUAAGCUAAGCUAAGCUAAGCCGUGUAUCAUCUAAGAAGCACGCUACUUAUCGGGCAAGCCAGCUGUAAGAAAAACAAGAGAUCUCCACCCAUUUCAUCAGUGCUCUUGCUCAACAGAAGUGAAAAAGACAUGUGACUGGAUUUAUGUUUGGAUUUAUUCAAACUCUAAACUGAAGCCUUUUCUAUUUAAUUCUUAUUAUUUAUUUUUAUUUAUGUAGUGAAGACGGAACAGGACAGGAAUACAUAGAGGCAGUAAAUGUAGUAAAUACAGAAAGACAAGAAGACGCAGACAGAAGAAAAUCUGAAUAAUCAGACAGAUAGACAAACAGAACACAGACAGACACUGGUGCACAGACAGAGAGAGUGACAAAGACAGUGCAGACCUGCCAGUGAGUCAGGCACUCAGACAGACAGAGACACAGACAGACACAGUCAGUCCGUCAUAAAAACCUACUAACCUCAGUUAGUCACACAGCUGGAGACGGAUUGGUUCUCACACAUUCACACAUCCACAGAGCAAAACACAUACACUCUAGUGAGCUUACCAUGCAAGGUGACCCCCAAGGCUACCUGGAGAUGGCGGGAGAGGCCGCGGGGGAACUUAAGAAGCCAUACAGCACCUGUGGAGACGACAGCGGCUCCAACAUCAACACUAUGCUGGAACUGUCAGACCUCACCGGACUCCACAAAGACUACCGCCACACACCUAGCGCCAUACUGGCACACAGUGAUGAUGUCAUGAGUCAGUCUGAUGACAUCAGGACUCAUGCUGAUGAUGUCAGGACUCCUAGCGAUGACGUCACAGUACAGAGCCGUGACAUCCGAACUAGUACAGACAGAGUAAAAGAGCACAUUGACGCCAGCAGUCGGAUACACCCGGGCAAUUCUGAGUCUCUCAGUGAUGACCUUGACAGGACACGGGAGGACAUCGGCAGGUCACCCACCGACGCACGCCCCUACAUCGAGGUGGGCAUGGCCCGAGUGGAGCGGGCCUCAGAGCCCCUCCAGGCUCGCUGGUCUCACCGAGACGCUCGACCGGACCAGCCCUCGCCCGAGGGACACCCUGCAGCGACCGGCACUGGCCCAGUAGCUCCCCUGUCCUCCCCCCAGCCCCCCGCCGACCACGCGGAAACAGUCUCUGACCCAACGCAAGGCAGCAGCUCUGACCCCUGCUCGGACUCGUUAAACGACAGCACCGGGACAAAUAGCAGCGGCUCUGUGGGUGAACUGACCCCCAGCACGGCCUCUUUGAAGGACAGCAGCUUGAGUGACCGCUCUAAAAACCCCACUGAGAGGUCUGUGGUGCUCUCCGACGGGAAUGCCAACACCGUCUCGUCGGACAGUCACCCAGCCACAGGGGACUCCACUGCUGUCAACGCUGGCGGCGGCGGCGACAGCAAGGUGGUGGUGACCUGUGACUUGGACGAAGCGGCCGGCGAACCUCAACCGCGGGAGAGCAUCAGCGAGAACAUGGGCUGCUGUUGCCGGGCGGUGCAGGGGGCGUUCCUCCGUUGCCAGGAGGAGACGCCUGCCAUGGUGACGGGCACUGUGCUGACCAUCCUCUUCUGCGUGACCAUCAUCAUCAUCAUCCCCGCCACACACAGGCUGAUACGGGUGCAUGUGGGUGCGCUGGCGGUGGUGUGUGUGCUGCUGUGCGUGUGUGUGCUGCUGCUGGCCAGCCUGCCCUGGCAGUCAGUGGUGCGCCGCUGCGGGACCCUGCUGGCCCUGUCCGUCUGGGCCGGCCUCUACACAACCGCCAUGGUCUUCACUUUCACCGGAGGGCCUGUCACCGCCUGGGAACAGGUGGCGUUCUUCCUCUUCCUAUCUCUGAGUGUGUACGCGGUGCUUCCUCUGCCCGUGUCCUGGGCCCUGGCCGUGGGCAUCGGCACCAGUGUGUCCCACGUCAUCAUUAUCAGUAUUUACGUCCCUGUCGUCACGCCCGAGAUGCCUGACCUGGCGGUGCAGUUGGUGGCCAACGCCGUGCUGUUUGCGUGUGUGAACGGUGUGGGGGUGUACCACAUGUGUCUCACCAAACGGGCCACCAGGAAGUGUAACAAGGAUCGGGAGACGUUCAGCACUACUCGCUCCCAUCUGGCUCUGCAGAAACACAAACAGGAACGUCUGCUGCUGUCCAUUUUGCCCCGCUCCAUCGCCAUGGAGAUAAAGGCGGAGGUGACCAAACGCCUGUCAGAGAACCAGCCCAGACAAGACAGAGGCCAGAACUUCCACAGCCUCUACAUCCGCCAACACAAAGACGUCAGCAUCCUGUACGCUGACAUUGUCGGUUUCACGCGAUUGGCCAGCACUUGCACCCCUGAGGAGCUGGUAGCAGUGCUCAACAAGCUCUUCGGCCGCUUCGACGACAUUGCCAAGGAGAAUGAGUGUCUGCGUAUUAAGAUUCUGGGGGACUGUUACUACUGCGUGUCCGGCCUGCCGUACCCCAAACCCAAUCACGCGCGCCACUGUGUCAAGAUGGGCUUGGACAUGUGCACCGCCAUCAAUAAACUGAGAGAGGCCACUGGCGUGGACAUCAGCAUGCGUGUGGGCGUGCACACUGGCAAUGUCCUCUGUGGCGUGAUUGGUCUGCAGAAGUGGCAGUAUGACGUCUGGUCACAUGACGUGACGCUGGCAAAUCAUAUGGAGUCGGGGGGGUUGCCUGGGAGGGUCCACAUCACAGAGGAGACUCUGAGGCACCUGAACGGGGCGUACCAAGUGGAGGAGGGGAACGGGGAGACUCGAGAUUCCUACCUGCAGAGCAGGAGGACCUUCCUGGUCAUUGACCCCCACAUUGAGGACGACACUGUCAAAAAACCCGAGGCCUCCUACACUCUGACCGUGAGCGGCCGUAAGCAGAGGGCCUCCGUGAGGAUGUCCCAGUACCUGCAGUCCUGGCAGACCAUCAACCCCUUCACCGACCUCAGCCACCCCGACGCCACACACACCUCCAGACACGCGAUGUGCCCUGCUGGUCAAACCAGACAGACAGACCUUCACAGCAGCCGCUCCCCCCAAAUGUUUAGUGACGGCCGAGUCGAGUCUUUGGAUCUACUGGAUGCAGCUGAAACGAAAGCCAAAAAGAUGGAUUGUUUAACUCUGUUAUUCAAUGACCUUAAACUGGAGAGACAGUACCGCCUCAUUAAGCUGAAGGGAAUGCAUGAAUCGGUCAUCUUCCUGGCUGUUAUCUUCAUCACCAUGUUUAUGGUCCAAAUGCUGGUCUCAGAAAAGAACGUGGCCAUGGCAGUCUCUUAUGGAGUCACUUUCCCAGUGCAGCUUUUGGUGUUGGUUCUUCUGCUUGUUUGCAAUGGAACCUUCAAGCGUUGGUACACUAAGAUUCCGGAUAGUAUACGGUGGAUGUACUGUACAGUGGGCGGGAUCUUCUGCGUGGUUCUCAGGCUCCUAUUGGUCAUCUUCUGCCUGCUCGUCACUCUGCUGAUGGCCAUGCUCAACCUUUACUUCGCUCCAGCACAGAACUGCUCCUCAUUUCCACUCACUGCUACAUCUCCGAAUGUGACCACCAUAGCAGACCUCGACCUCUACACUGUACCUUACUACCUGUACUGUUGCCUGAUUGCCAUGUUGAGUGUGGUGGUGUUUGUGAGGGUGUGUUUCUCAGUGAAAUUCCUGCUGUUGUCUCUGGCCCUGGCCGUCUACCUCGCCCUGUUCCUGCACGUGUACGCUGAGCGCUCCGAAUGCUACCUCACACAGCUCUACGCCAGCUACAACCACAGUCCUGGAGUCCUGAAGGAUCCUCAAAUAAUGGCUGGAAUUUGGCUCAUCAUAUUCUAUUUCAUUUGCCUCACCCUGGCAAGACAGGAUGAACUGAGCUACCGUCUAGAGUUCUUGCUAGAGCGGUGCUUCAAGGCGGAGAAGAACAAGAUGGAGACCAUGGAAAACGUCAACAAGCUACUUCUUGAGAAUGUGCUGCCUGCUCACGUCGCUUCUGUCUUCAUGGACAAGAAGACCGUCUGUAACGAUUACUUGUACAGCAAGUCAUGCGAGUGUGUAUGUGUGAUGUUCGCCUCGGUGCCAGAUUUCAAGGCGUUUUACACAGAGAGCAGUGUGAACCACGACGGCCUAGAGUGUUUACGCUUCCUAAACGAGAUCAUCGUGGACUUUGAUGAGCUACUAUCCAAGCCAAAGUUCCACGCCGUGGAGAAGAUAAAGACAGUGGGCAGCACUUACAUGGCGGCUGCUGGUCUCACCAAACCAAGCAAAGGAGAGGAAAGACAGGAAUGUGACAUAUCCUACAACCAUGUCCGCAGCAUGAUUGAGUUCGCCAUGGCCCUCAUGAGAAAGUUGGAGAACAUCAACUCUCACUCCUUCCAGAACUUCAAGCUCAGAAUUGGAAUAAACCAUGGACCGGUGAUUGCAGGGGUGAUCGGAGCACAUAAACCUCAGUAUGAUAUCUGGGGCAACACCGUGAACGUGGCCAGCAGAAUGGACAGCACUGGAGAACUGGACAAGAUACAGAUUACAGAGGAGACCAAGAAGGUGGCGGAGUCGCUGGGCUUCAGUGUAACUCUGAGAGGAGUCAUCACUGUGAAGGGAAAGGGAGAGCUGACCACCUAUUUCAUCAACCAUGAGCACUCUUAAUGGUCACUGCAGGGUCAGGGAGGGUCAGUCUCACAACUCUUCCCAGGUGCUCACAGAAGAAGAGGCCCAAAGUGGUUCAUGACUUUCUAUGCAGGGAACACUCUACACACACACACACACACACACACACACACACAUACACAGCCCAUCAUCAAGCACUUUGUUGGGAGAAAGAUGUACAGUUGAUCUAAAGAGCUGGUUAAGCUCAUUCCCAUAUGAACCCAUAUAUGGGCAUACACUACAGACCACAAUGAGCACUGCCAUGUAGAAUCUGGAAAUGUCACGCGUAUGGAAACACACGUAUGAGUUUAUGAAGAUGGUCAAUGAGAACAGCAAACUUCACCUCACACUUCCUGAACCACAGACUCCCCCUUUCAUUCCAAAACACAUCAUGUUAUUAUUGACACUGAUCACAUCUCCCCUCUCUGUCGCUUCUCAGUCAAUUGUCUGCCAUUCAAAAGUCACAGGUCCCAUGGACCACAAUGCAGGUGAUGAUGACUCAUCACGUCACAUCAGAGUCAGCUGUGGCUAAAGACAUGAAGGAGAGUUUACACGGUCUAUACCACAAUCACUACCUAACCAAAGAACUGGGUAUACCAAUGACUCCUUACCACAAAGCUGCCCUAUUAACUCAUGUCUAUUAAUAUGUAGCCUAUGUGUCAUAUGAAUGAUAUGUUUCAGAUCACAUAAUGUUAACCAGGAUUCUAGCUGUUAUCAUUAAUUAUGGAUCAGGUCAACAUCUCAGAGUUUCAACAGAGUUCUUCAUCCUGUUUAAUAAUUAUGUUGUCACACCAUUACAAAAAAAAAAACAUUUGUGUCCUCUACUAUUUUUAUUUAUUUUUUUCAAAAAAGGAGUAUGAAGUCAGUCGAACCCUCAAGCUGCCUUAUGAAUGUAUGUUUCUGGUUAUGGAGACUGCGCUGGUUGCCAGUUUUAAAAAUGCUUGAAUGCACUAUUUUAAUAAUAUAUAUAUUAAUGUAUAGCAUACAUGUUUGUUAGAGUUUUGUCUAUGUCCGUUUGGGCAACAUUUAAAUAUGCAAUAGGAAUUAAAUCUGCACUGUGUAAAAUAAAGUGAAGCCUAGGCUACUUCUGACA